AUGCAGAGCUUGUUCCCACCUCAACGCCCCGCCGAGUUGACUCACCACCGUCUAAUUGAGUUCGUCAAAACUGCCCUCAUCAACAUAUUCGUCUCCCCUUACGCCACCGUAUGUGAUUUGUAUUGUGGGAAAGUAAUUGAUGAGGAAAAGUGGGAUGAAGCUCAGAUUGGUCACUAUAUUGGCAUUGAUGUGGCGACAUCUGGAGUUAGUGAAGUGCGGGAAGCCUGGGAGAGUCGACACAAGGCUUACUCUUCUGAGUUUCUCGAGUUUGAUCCGUGCAUUGAAGAUGUUGACUUGCAUUGGAAAAACAAGGAAAACCAGGCUGAUAUUGUUUUUUGCAUGCAACAUUUGCCGUUAUGUGUUGAAACUGAGGAGAAAUUGAGGAGACUGUUGCACAAUGUCUCAUCUCUGUUAAAGCCAGGAGGUUACUUUCUUGGUAUUGCUCCCGACUCAUCUACUAUAUGGGCCAAGUACCAGAAGAAUGUUGAAGGAUUUCACAAUAAGAGUGGUGGAAUUAAGCCCAGCAAUUUUCCAAACUCUAUUAGAUCAGAGAGCUACAUGAUCACCUUUGAGGUUGAGGAAGAGAAGUUCCCAUUUUUUGGUAAAAAGUACCAGCUGAAAUUUGCGGGUGACAUGUCCAGUGAGACUCAUUGUCUUGUACAUUUCCCAAGUUUAAUCAGGUUGGCUAGAGAGGCUGGUAUUGAUUACAUAGAGAUACAAAAUUUGACCGACUUUUAUGAUGACAAUAGAGCACAACUGGCAGGGUUGCUCAUGGACGCUGUUCAUAAUUUCGUUGAUCCAAGGGGGCGGCUUCUUCCGAGAUCAUAUGAUGUUUUAGGUCUAUACACGGUAUUCAUCUUUCAAAAACCAGAUCCAGAUUUUGCCCCCCCUCUCAUGACCCCAUUGUUGGAAGAUGGAAGCCACAAUCAUGACGAGGCAGCUGUGAUGCCGCCAAGAGAGCGUCAAGCGGCUUUAUGGAGAGAGGAUGACAAGAAUACGCAGCCUGAGUCGAGUUCAGGGAUGGCUAAAAUAACUGAACAGAAAGGCGUAUUAGGCCCUGGUCCAGUUGAGCUGCGGUUCUCAGAAGCUCUUUGA